AUGGAGCAUCAAGAAACUGAACAGAGUCCAGAAAGAGGUCCAAAGCCUCAAGGUCGAAAUCCAAAUCGCAAGCGACACGGCGCUCGUAAUCAGCACAAGAUGAAGAGUUUUGUACGAUGGUUGCGACAAACAUUUCCAGAUUCUUUUUCUCCAAACGAAGUUCCUGAUAACGACAUUGCCUCUCAUAUUUUGGAUAUAGCAGGGGGGAAGGGGGAACUUGCCGCACGCCUAUGCAUGUGCGAUAGUCAGAAAGUUGUACUAGUUGAUCCGCGACCAGCUGAUGUCGUGGCUUGCUUCGAAACCGUCGUGCUGCCACGCCUUCCCAAAAAGUGGCAAGCACGGCUGGAAGCGCGUGAAAAUUCCCAUGCUUUCAUUCAAGAAACAAUACGGCGCCGAUUUCGGCAGAUCACGAAGGCUUUGGACGCGAGCUCGUUGGAUACGUGCGACGAUUUGCGGAAUGCCAUCAAAAAUUCCUCUUUGCUAGUUGGUAUGCAUGCUGACGGAGCCACCGAAGCAAUUGUAGACGUCGCUUUGCAAAAUGACAAACCUUUUGUGGUAGUUCCCUGCUGUGUAUUUCCAAAUCUCUUUCAAACACGACUCGUGCAUGAGUUGGAGACCGACCGAAUGGUUCCGGUUCGUUCGCACUCUCAAUUUUGUAAAUACUUGCUUGCCAAGGAUCCCAGGCUCCAGCAGUUCAAACUCCCAUUUGAAGGGCGCAAUACUGCGAUAUUCUAUACAGGCAGUGUCUAA